AUGCUGUCGAGAUUCAACAUUAUCUUUCUUCCCUUCAAGAUACCAGUUGGGCGCUUGGCCACGUCCAGUCGACGUGCACUUCAGGUCGUCAAGAUCGUGUACGGUGAGAUGAUGGCGAGCCAGGAUAUUCAGUCGAUUAUCCAGCAUGGUCGGUCUUUGCGUGAGGUCAUGCUCCAGCACUUAUCGACCCUCUUGGCUACCAUUGCGCUCCAUGGACGACGGUCUUGUCACUGGCUCCAAGUUACAAUCUGGUUAUCAGAGGAGUUCCCAGGCCAGAUGUCCAGAUUGAUUACCGAGGUCGAUCGAUACCUGGAAGAAUACCAUUGCAUAGUAGGACAAUGGACCAGAGUCGGGCUAUACAACGUCAGAUAUGUGCACAACUGGGGAGACUGGUAUGUCUGGAGAAACUUGUUCUUGAGAAUGAUCGCCGUUACCAGUGGCUGGAACUAG